AUGGCACGCUUUGCUUGCCUAGUGCUGGUCCUUUUCGGUUCGGCCGCGGAGGGGAGACUGAACUCCGAGCCUUCCGCCCGCCUGCGAGGGCUCAAGGAGGAAGUCUCCAACGAGAAAGCUGAUGCAGGAUGGUCCUUUUGGAACCCGGAUCCUGAGGUCCUGGUCUGGGAUGAGCAGGUAUCGAUGGAGGAGGGAGUUCAGAGCUACUUUGGCUGGCUGAAGACACCCCUGGUGCACGACAUGGCGAUGUUGCCGUAUGAAGCGAUGCCCUAUGUUUGCUUGCGUGUCCGUGCAAUUCCGGCAACAGAGCAGCCUGCCAAGCAUGGCCCCUUGCUUCUCCACUGCGGUGGCCCCGGUACUGGCAGCAGCUGCCUUGAAUGGAGCAGCUACUCCUGGGACAUCAACGGAGAGGGGAACCAGAGCCGACUUCAUAAAGACUUCGACUGGUGGGCCCUGGACCAGCGUGGCGUGGUCACCGAAGGAGACAUGACUACACCGCCGUGUCCUUUCAACUACAGCACGGGGGAGCCGAUCCUUCCUUUUCCUCGGAUGCAAUGCCAUGAGAUCGUGAGCUCCCGCCUUGGUGUCGACCAGAUUGUCCGCUUGACGCUGGGUGCCAAUGUGUCCGAGAACGUUUCUCGUGAGGCCACGCCUUACGUGGAGUCGAUUCUCCGGUUUAAGGGUUUGCGGGUGACAGUAUCGGGCAUCCAGCACUUCAAAGAGACCUUUCUGCGCUGGUAUUACCGGUUGCUAAAACUGGAACAUAGCCUUUGCUACAAUGCUCCGCGAUUCAAGCUCCAGUCGCCAAGCGGUCGUGAGUACAACGUUCUGCAAUUUGGUGGUACGGUGGAUCUGGCCCACGACAUCGACCAGUUUCGUCGUGCAGUUGGGGCAUCUCGCAUGUCGAUCUUCGGGGCAUCGUACGGUACUGCAGUUGCCGGAGUGUAUGGUACGAUCUUCGCGAAGUACACGCACCAUCUGGUCUUGGACGGUGUCGUGGAUCCCUUCCCAGAUGUUGAGGAAAGAGGAGUGCUGUUUGCAAAGAGCAUCACGGCUACAUGGAACGGCAUGACAAGGGCCUGUGACCUGUCUGCAAUGGAUAGCGGCGCAGAAGAACCCUGCCGUGCUGCGCCGCUGUCAGAGUCCAAGACUCUAAGCCUGAUCCAAGAUUCGAGCAAUCCAUCUCGGGCAGCUUUCAUUUUUCAGCUCCUGGCACUGCUUUUCGGGACAGGCGUAGGUCUGACACAUCCGCACAGCCUCGCCAGUGUGGUCUUCGCUUGUGUGGAGAAGUAUGCAGAUGGACAGGACAAUGGGGGCUGCCCAGACUGGCUACUGAGCAUCCUGCCUGCCGACGACUUGGGCUACACCGAAAUCUUGAGCCAGAUUGUCGCCGCAACUAUGACCCCUCCUGAAAUGGACUGGUUCGGUUUGGGUAUCCAGACACUGGUUCUGGGCACGGACACCGCCGGUAGACUAAACGAAGAGGCUUUCAUUCGUUGGUGGCACGCAUCCAUGUUGAUGCAACCACUUGGCACGCCUCUCUCGUUUGCCAUGGUCGUGGGCAUCAGCACUUGGCCAGCAACCGCGAGACCAGUGCCCCCCAUGGGGGAUGCCAGCAUCAGCCCCGUGAUUGUAGGGAAUUUGCACGACCCCCGAACUGCAUACACAAGCGCCCAGCUCGCACGACGCGCUUUUCCACAGAGCCAUCUCGUCACUUGGCAGGGCAUUGGUCAUUGCCUCAGACCACCGGGUCCUGUGGGCAAGGGGCUUCUGGCCGAAUACGAGACGGCCAAGCAGGAGCACCACCUCAUGAACUACACUGAAGAACUGGCCAGAUAUGACUGCUUCUCGCGGAUCCUCAGCUUCAUCGACACCGGGAACUCUCCUCUCGAUGGCCACACCUGCAUUGUGCCCCGGCUUCUUGACACAAGUAGGGCACGCCUAGAGCAAGGCCUCGCAAUGUUCAAAAAGGUUUUGAACCGUUCAGAGUUCAACCAAGCUUUGAACCGUUAA